AUGAAUGCCAUGCUGGAGACCCCCGAGCUCCCGGCCGUUUUUGACGGUGUGAAGCUGGCUGCGGUAGCCGCUGUACUGUACGUGAUCGUCCGGUGUUUGAAUCUGAAGAGCCCCACAGCCCCUCCUGAGCUCUACUUUCAGGACUCAGCACUCUCCCGCUUUCUACUCAAGUCCUGUCCGCUUCUGACCAAAGAAUACAUUCCACCGUUGAUCUGGGGGAAAAGUGGACACAUUCAGACAGCCUUGUAUGGGAAGAUGGGACGGGUGAGGUCGCCACACCCCUACGGGCAACGGAAGUUCAUCAUCAUGGCAGAUGGAGCCACUUCGACCUUCGACCUCUUUGAGCCAUUGGCCGAGCACUGUGUCGGAGAUGAUGUCACCAUGGUCAUCUGCCCCGGGAUUGCCAAUCACAGUGAAAAGCAGUACAUCCGCACCUUCGUCGACUAUGCCCAGAAGAAUGGCUAUCGGUGUGCCGUGCUGAACCACCUGGGUGCCCUGCCCAACAUUGAGCUGACCUCACCACGCAUGUUCACCUACGGCUGCACGUGGGAAUUCGGCGCCAUGGUGAACUACAUCAAGAAGACAUAUCCUGUGACCCAGCUGGUUGUCGUGGGCUUUAGCCUGGGAGGAAAUAUCGUGUGCAAAUACAUGGGGGAAACACAAGCAAACCAAGAAAGAGUCCUGUGCUGUGUCAGCGUGUGCCAGGGGUACAGUGCACUGAGGGCCCAAGAGACCUUCAUGCAGUGGGAUCAUUGCCGGAGGUUCUACAACUUCCUCAUGGCUGACAACAUGAAGAAAAUCAUCCUCUCCCACAGGCAAGCUCUUUUUGGAGACCAUGUUAAGAAGCCCCAGUUCCUGGAGGACACAGACCUGAGCCGGCUCUACACAGCCACAUCCCUGAUGCAGAUCGAUGACAACGUGAUGAGGAAGUUUCAUGGCUAUAAUUCCCUGAAGGAAUAUUACGAGGAAGAGAGCUGCAUGAGGUACCUGCACAGGAUUUAUGUGCCUCUCAUGCUGGUUAAUGCAGCUGAUGACCCCCUGGUGCAUGAAAGUCUUCUAACCAUUCCAAAAUCUCUUUCAGAGAAACGGGAGAAUGUCAUGUUCGUGCUGCCUCUGCACGGGGGCCACCUGGGCUUCUUCGAGGGCUCCGUGCUGUUUCCCGAGCCCCUGACGUGGAUGGAUAAGCUGGUGGUGGAGUACGCCGACGCCAUCUGCCAGUGGGAGCGGAACAAGUCACAGUGCUCUGACACGGAGCUAGUUGAGGCCGAGCAGGAGUGAGACACCCCCUGGACUGCGGUGCGAGCCAGCACCUCCUCUGGGACCCGCGUCCCCUCGCCAGCUCUUUCAGGUCCCCCUUCUCCCUCAGUAACCUGGAUCGGACCUCACACCAUCAGCAGGGGCCACCCAGCAGGCAUGCCUGUCUCGAGCUCUUUGCCAGGAGCCCCAGCUCUUUGCGUGCUUAGGUUACUGGUCUCCUCCAUUGCAUUGUUAGCCAUGGUGACAAGAGGCAGGGUUCUCACCCACCUGUCCAGGUUCAGCAAUUGAUUGCUUUGAAGCCAAUUAAGUCUAGUUUCCCUAUUAAAAAUUUGUCAGAACUGCAGUUUUGCUUUGCCAAUCAAAAGACUUUCCCCCUAGAACAGUGUGGGGUAUCUGUUAAGUUUUGUGGUGGUUGUACGUAUCCUCUCGUAG